UUCAAGUUGCUCGCCCUGUGAAUAAUGACAACACAAAAUUGUGUGUGUUCUAACAUUGAAACUGAAUCAGAGGCUUGAAGUUAAAAUAAAAUCGCUGCAAAAUGGUUCUAGAAAGCACAAUGAUAUGUUUCGAUAACAGUGAUUAUCAACGAAAUGGUGAUUACUUUCCAACAAGAUUGAAUGUUCAAAAGGACGGUAUCAACUUAAUCGGCCUGACAAAGGUUCGAUCGAAUCCAGAGAAUAAUGUCGGUCUUCUGACAUACGCUAGUACCGUCGAAGUUCUUGCCACUUUAACCAGUGAUGUGGGACGGAUUUUGUCCAAAAUGCAUCUAGUUCAACCGAAGGGAAAUAUCAAUAUAAUCACUGGAGUUCGGAUCGCUCACUUGGUGUUGAAGCAUCGUCAGGGCAAAAACCACAAAAUGCGCAUCGUUGUUUUCGUCGGAUCGCCGAUAGUUGCCGAUGAGGCCGAACUCGUCAAAUUAGCAAAACGUUUGAAGAAGGAAAAAGUCAAUGCUGACAUUGUCAGUUUCGGCGACCAUCCCGGCAACAAUGAACUUUUAACUGCCUUCAUUAAUGCUCUAAAUGGGAAAGAUGGCACCGGUUCUCAUUUAGUUAGUGUACCGCGAGGAUCGGCACUGUCUGAAGCUCUUCUAACAUCGCCAAUCAUCCAGGGCGAAGAUGGUCAGGGUGGCGCAGGUUUAAGUGGAGCUGGAUUCGAAUUCGGCGUCGAUCCCAACGAAGAUCCCGAACUUGCACUAGCCUUGCGUGUGUCGAUGGAGGAGCAGCGACAACGUCAGGAAGACGAACAACGACGAGCUAUUGCUGAAUCUGAUGCGCCAGCUGGUGGAGCGGCAGCUGUAACGGCUGCUGUUGGUGCUGGUUCAGCAGCUGCUGGUGAAACGAAUACGGAGGAAGCAAUGCUUCAACGUGCACUCGCUCUUUCGACAGAGACUCCGGAAAUCGAUGAUGGCAUGCCUGACUUCGCUAACAUGACUGAGGAAGAACAGAUAGCAUUUGCCAUGCAAAUGUCCAUGCAGGAUCAACCUGAUGAAACGCCGGCUAGACAAGCAAAGCGUCCGAAGUCGUCAGAAGAAACCCCAAUGGAAGUUGAUGAGGUAAUUAGCGAUCCGGAAUUUUUGCAAAGCGUUUUGGAGAAUCUGCCCGGUGUCGAUCCUCAGUCGGAAACUAUUCGAGAUGCCGUCGGUUCGCUAAACAAGGAUAAGAAGACUGACAAGGACAAAGAUAAAUCGUAGACUGGGAGUGGUGAAUUAAUAUUUUUUUAAAAAAAGUUUUCGCUAAAUCAUGAAUUGUGCGUUUGGUCUUAAUGACACAUUAAAAUAAAAUCAAUAAAAUAUUCUCAACCAAUUAAA